AUGGUUGGACUAGAGGGUGUUGGCAAGUGGGUAGAUAGAUUGAAGGAUAGAUGGAUAGAGGGAUACUUAGAGGGCAAAGUGAACCUUAGUCAAUUUCAAUACCGCCACAGCUGUGACUCGAAAAGAGUCACAAUGAACCCUCAAUCACUCGACAACUCGCUUCUAUCACCCACUAGCUCAUUUUCGCCUAGCGUAACAGAUUCACCGCGCCGAGACGCGUCGAUUGCUAUGCUAAACGCCCUACUACCCUCAGAGGUGACCCACUCGGAGCCACAAAACCAACGCGCCGGAGCCAAUUUUCGCCGUUUCUGCCCAAAUCCGUAUGGAUCAAGCGAAGUAAGCUAUGUAUGA